ACGGGCGGAACAUCCGCAAUAGGAAGCUAUAGGCUAAUAACAUGGCGAAGACUUACGAUUACUUGUUUAAACUACUUUUAAUCGGCGAUUCGGGCGUCGGAAAGACCUGUGUUCUUUUCAGAUUUUCAGAAGAUGCCUUCAACUCAACGUUCAUCUCCACUAUAGGUAUUGACUUCAAAAUCAGAACGAUAGAAUUAGAUGGAAAGAAGAUCAAACUGCAAAUAUGGGAUACAGCUGGACAGGAGAGGUUCAGGACCAUCACAACAGCUUACUACAGAGGAGCUAUGGGCAUCAUGUUAGUGUAUGACAUUACCAAUGAGAAGUCCUUUGACAACAUCAAGAACUGGAUAAGGAAUAUAGAAGAGCACGCCUCAGCAGAUGUAGAGAGGAUGGUCCUUGGGAAUAAAUGUGAUGUGAAUGAUAAGCGACAGGUGUCUAAAGAAAGAGGAGAGAAAUUGGCCCUGGAGUACAGUAUCAAGUUCAUGGAGACAAGUGCAAAAUCAAACAUCAAUGUGGAGAAUGCCUUCUUAACACUCGCCAGAGACAUCAAAGCUAAGAUGGACAAGAAACUGGAGGGUAAUAACCCACAGAGCAACACUCAGGCAGUGAAGAUUUCAGAACAGCCCAAGAAGAACAGCUUCUUCCGUUGCACACUUCUGUGAUGAAUCAGGAGUGUCGGCAUCCACCAUCGCCUUAACUGUGUCCCCCACUGGACAGAACUGGACAGAGCACACUCUGAUUUAAAUAUUUUAUUCCUCGUCCCUUGUCUUCCUCCUCCUGAUAUUUGACCUGUGAAUAAUUAGGGAAACAAGUUUCUGUCCCCGCUCUGAUUAUAUCAGUCUUCUUUUGUCACCUGUGGAUCUAACUGCUGUGGCCUCUGUUACAUUCUGACACUUUCAACUUGAACUUUAUCCACUUUUGAUGGCUGUCUCCUGGUGAGACACUGAAGGAGAUCAAAUCUUUGCUACCUAUGUCAUUAUCUUUACAGAUUGCUGAUGGUGAAGUCUUAUUUAUUUAAUUCUUUCCUAGCUUCCCAAACCCCAAAUUCUGCUACAAGUUUGCACUGACAGGUUGAUUUCAAUAUUUAUUUUGCAUCCACAAAAUGUAAAUGCAUCAAAAUUGUAUUUCACCACAUGCAAAAAGUGACUCCAGGGCAUUUUAUUCCUCGUGUUCAGUGAAUUUACACGUCUUAUUCAUAAUUUUCUUCUUUUCUGUUGGUAUUUUUACUGGUUAAAAUGUUCCAGUCCUCAUUCAAUCACUUUGAUGUGCAAUGUAACUUAUCGAGCCUCUGGUUUGUCUUCAAGUAUUCAGGUGGUUGCAGUAAGGCUGAGAUUUUGAAGUGCACACAUUCCUUCAGUGGUCGUCCUUGUUUGUUUUAGGUGUGCAGUCUAAACCGAAUCGAGUCGUGCUUGUGGAUAAUGAGACGCUGCACUAAAUCCUAGAGGAAAUGCAGUUUGACAGAAGGAAUCUCGGCGAUGAUUAAAUCAUUGUUUUAUGUACUUGAUCUGGUUCCAAUGGGGGAACAUAUACGUAACUGUUUUCUGGGCCUUGGAUUGGGGCUGUGCUGCGUCAGUAUUUAUGGAGUGAAAUGAGGCAUAACACCAAAAUGACAAAGUGCCCUUUUUAUGUUUUUAUUGAUUAAGCACUUUUCCCCCCUUCCCAU